AUGGAAGCACCACUAUUCAAACCUAUACAUGAUGUUAUAAGAAUAAAAAAGAAAGAACAUGAUGUUAAUAUAAAAUCCGAUAUAUAUAAAAAAUUUCUUGAAUUAAAAAAGGAAGCUUAUAUAAACCUAGAAAACAAAAACAUCAAAGUGAUUAUAUAUGAAAAUAUGAAUUAUGACGACAUAAAAAAAAAAGAAAAAGAACAUGAGAAUUAUAAUAGUAAAAGUAGUAAUAGUAGUUUUUGUGAUGAAAAAUGUAAUGAAGACAUUAAUAAAAAUAUAAAAAGAGAUAAUGUAUUAAAGAAAAAUAUAAAAGAUGAUAAUUAUAAUGAUGAUGAAAAUAAUAAGAAUAAUAUACAGAAUGAUGAAAAAGAAUAUAUUGAUGAUGUAGUAAAAGAAGAAAAAAAAAACACAAAAGUUUUAGGUACGUUAAAAAUAUUAUAUAAUUUUUAUGUCAACUUAUUUGAUAAAUUAAAAGAAGAUGUAGAAAAUAUACAAAAUAAUACAAAUCAUAAUAAUAUAGAUUUAUUUAGAGAUAUAAAUCUUUACACAAAUUAUAUAUCUAUGUUUGACAUUUUAAAUUUAUGUGAGGAUUUGCAUAUUAUAAAAAAUUUUAUUAAUUCUAAGAAGGAAUGUGAAUUAAUAUGGAUACUUACCCUUAAUUAUUUUGAUAAUAUUAAAGAAAACGUUUUUCAGAGGUAUAGACAUAAAAUAAAUGUAACUUAUAAGGGAAGAAGUACGUUAGAAGGACAAGAUGAAAAAGGAUUACAAGAAGAUACUACAAAGAAUAUUGAAAAAAAAGAUAUAAAACAAAUGAAACAAAUGAAACAAAUAGAACAUGAAGAUAAUAAUGAUAAUGAUGAUGAUAAUAAUGAUGAUGAUAAUAAAAAUAAUCAUAAUAAUAAUCAUAAUAAUAAUCAUAAUAAUAAUCAUAAUAAUAAUCAUAAUAAUAUUAAGGACAAAAAAAAAGAUACACAUAAUGGAAAAAUAAAAGAAAAAAGUGAUAAUUCCUAUGUACAGAAAAAUAAUAAUAAUUCUUAUUAUAAUUAUAAUUAUAAUUAUAGCUAUAGUCAAGACAUACAUAAUCAGGAUACUUAUUACACAGAUGAAAACCACAAUAUUAAAGAAUAUAUUUAUGACCAUUUACAUGAUAAAGAAAAUUGUAUAAUGUAUAGAAAAGUUAAUUUUUUUAUAUUUGUUUAUAUUUUAAUAUAUAUUAUAAAAACAAGCACAAGAAAAAUUCAAGCCAUUAAAGAUGAUAUUAAAAAAGUAAAAAGCUUUUUCUUCUUUUUAAAUUUAUAUGAGAAAAAAAAAACUAUGGAAAUAUUACAAAAUAUAUAUAAAGAUAAAUAUUUACAGUUCUUUCAAAAUUAUAGAGGAAAAGAGGAAAUAGAAGAAUACAGAAAAAGAAAAAUUUUUCGUCAUAAAUUCUCUUUUUAUAAUAUUAAUAAAAUAUUGUAUGACAAAGAUGAUUUGAUAAAACUUAAAAAUAAAAAUAUACAACGUGACAAAGAAAAUAAAAAAAAGGGAAAUCGUCAAAUUGUAAAAAAUGAAAAUUAUCAUAUUGUAAAAGGAAUGAAGAAUGAGCCACAGGAAAUAAAAGAAAAAGAGAAAGAAAAGGAACCCAUUUUAAAUAUACACAACAAAAUAGAUGAUGAGGAGGGAAAAGAAAAAAGGGAAGAUGUUAAUAAAUACGAGUUAACUAAUUAUAUAGAAACUAUUGAUAUGAAGGAAGAAAAUAUAAAAGGUAAGUUUGUUCAAGAAGAAAAUAAAAAGGAUACAAUCAUAAAAGAUCCAAAAAAAAAUAAUGAAAAUAAUAAAAACAGUAACAGUAGUUGUUGUGGAAGUAGUAGUAGCGAUGACCAUGGUAAUCAUAAUAAGAAUAAUGUCCUCUUAAAUCAAUAUAUUUUUGAUUAUAUAUUUAAAAAUUAUUGUUAUAAAAAAAAAUACUGGAAAGUCAGAGAUGGUAUAUGUGUAGACUAUGGUAUCAUAAAAAAAGAAAAGAAGAAAUUUAAAAUAGACAUAUAUAAUCAUAGUAAAUAUAAUAUAAAUGUAGAUAUAGAUAUAGACAAAGAAUUACCUUUACUAGUAAUAUUUAAAGAUAAAUUAUUUUGUAUUAAUUCAAAAUAUUCAAUAUAUUUACAAGUGGAUAAUAAUGAAAAUGUGGGAGAAAAACUAGGUUGCAUCCAUGUUAAAUGUAAAUAUAAAAAUGUACAUAAACAAGAAACCUUUUUCAAAAUACCUGUAUAUAUCUGUUUAGAAUAA